AUGGGAGAAGCACCACCACCCAACCAGGAAUUCGUCCUUGCCCUCUUACCUUUCCCCAAAGACUCGAAAGUCGAUAAAAUCAUAAGCAGUAUCCGAAGCAAACAUCCCCAAGUCCAAAUCGAAUACCAGAACAUUGCUUUCGUUCCCGGCUUCGCUCCGAACCUUGACAGCGUGCCGGAAGAAACCUGGAGAAAGACCACGAUCCUCGUGACUCUGGCGUCCUUCCCCUCGUCCAUCAAGCUCAUCCCCAACCUUAAGCUCAUCCACCUCUUCUCUGCCGGGGCCAACCACCUGGCUGAAACGCCCAUCUGGAAAGAAACCGACAUCCCCUUCACAAAUUCUUCGGGGGUCCACGGCCCUCAAAUUGCCGAGUGGGUGCUCCUACAGAUCCUGAGCCAUACGCACCAGCAGAAAACGCUGCUGCAGUGGCAGAAAGAGCACAAGUGGGGCCCUCACUCCGGCCUCAACUUCGUACAAGACGGCGUUGGGCAACGGCUCGGAGUUUUGGGCUAUGGAGCUAUUGGACGACAAACUGCCCGCAUCGCCAAAGCUCUCGGCCUCGACGUAAUAGCAUACACGGCCUCCCCGCGCCCGACCCCGGAUAGCAAAAGAGACCGCGGGUACACCGUUCCCGGCACCGGCGAUGUUGACGGUCUGAUCCCCAGUAGAUGGUACAGCGGGCUCGACAAGGCCUCCCUUCACAACUUCCUCGGGCAGGACAUCGACAUCCUGCUCGUCUCCGUCCCAUUGACCAAAGAGACGACGCAUUUCCUUGGAAAAGAGGAAUUCGCUCUCCUCAAAGGCGCGUUCGUCGUCAACAUUGCUCGAGGAGCAGUGUUGCAGCAGGAUGAUCUUAUUGCAGCUCUGAAGAUCAAGCCGGAGGACGGGGGACUGAGGGGCGCAGCGCUGGACGUUACGGAUCCGGAGCCUUUGCCGAGGGAUAGCGAGCUGUGGGAUUUGGAGAAUGUGGCGAUCACGCCACAUAUCUCCGGGUUGGGAACGAUGUACUUGGAUCGGAGUUUUGAGAUUCUGGAGAUGAACCUGACGAGGAUUGAGAAUGGCGAGAAGUUGCUGAAUGAGGUUGACAAGAAAAAGGGGUACUAG